CCCCGUAUGUGUCUGGGUCCCCCAGAGUCUUGUCCAGAACUGGAGUUCAGAGCAAGUGGGAGCUUGUAUCUCCCUCCCAAUUAAAGCAGAACACCCGGGUGCCAGCUCAUUCCACGCCUCUGCACCUACCACCAGUCUCAAUGCACUUUCUUCACCUCUCUGGUUGUAGUACUUCCACUUAGCCAGCUUUUCCACGGUUCUGGAUGAUAGUUGUUCUGUCUUUUAGUUGUAAUUUUGAUGUGGUUGUGAGAGGCAGCAAGUACAGGUGUUUACCUAUGCCACCAUCUUGGUUCUCCAAUCUAGGCAGCGUUUUUGCAUUUUGGUUAGGUUUGUAGUUUGCCCUUUCAUUAUGCAGUAACAGAAACUUCUUUCUUUUCAGUAACAAGUUGUAGGUCUAUUAUUUUAGGUCAAUGGAUGAACACCAUCAUUUACUGUCAUGUUUGUUACUUUCAUUUUUCUGUGAUUGGGUGAGUAUAAAUCUGUCUUUACGAAGAAUAUUUAACUUCGCAUGAUCAUUUAGCUGAAGAGUCACUAUUUUUUAAAAAUAAGGCAAUGAGUGAAAUCUAUUUUUUAAAAGUAUUUAAAAGAUCAGCAAGUAAUAUAAAGAACAGGGCCUUUCAAAUUUUGAACCAGAUAUAAAAACUAACAUUUUAAGUAUUUUUGUCUCCCUAAAAAUUGCCGAGUUGGAAGACCUCAGUACAAAAGUAAUCCUUUUCAGAAGAGAGAGGAAAGUGAUGAAAUGGAAGUUGAUGUAAUAGAUGAAUUUUAAAAAGACCCUUUGCAAGCCUCCCUGCUGGUUGCAUUUUAUAAUAUCCAAGAUGCCGUGACUGAGAAUGGGCUACCCUUGCUUUCGGAGUUGAUUCGUGGCCCAUCAGAAGUCAAUGGUGAUUUCAGGGUGGAAGUAAUAUCCGAUACUAAAGUUGCUGUCAUCGCUUUUCUCAAAAAUACUGAUGGCUGGACAUUUGUUAAUGUUUGUGACAGACACCACAGAGCUCAGCAACUUCAGAUUUUUCCCAAGACUUAUGGAAUGUACAAGACCCAUUAAGGGUUGAAAAUCUGCCACCUCAUGUUGAUAAUAAUUACAUAAUGAUUUUCUUUGAUAACCAAUCCUCUAAAUGGAGAAAGAGCGACCAAUGUCUAAUAUUUCCCGGAGGAGAGUUCAGCCUUAGUUGAACUUUCUGACUACAAAGUGGUGGACACCUACUUGAUCAAAAAGCUUUUCUUCAAUGAAAGGCCCAUGUCUGCGUUUCCCUGUUAUGUGUCUUAGGACACAGCCUUACAUGGAAGGGAAGAACUGUUUAGAAAGUUGCCAGCACCGUUCCUGGUAGCCCUGGAUCCUUUCAUAAGGAUGAAUCUUGCAGAGAAAGUAUCCCCUGAUUGGAAUGACAAUUAUAAAAGGGGAAAGGGCCACUGUGAGAUAACAUGGCCCCAAGUCAGCUGUACAGGACUGGAGUCAAAAUACCAUGACAACCUAAACAAAAAGGUAGCCUCAACCCAAACCAAAGAAGGUCUGAAACUCGUGUUGAUAAGUGGAGAUGUUUCAUGUUUUCAGGCCGAUGUCAUUGUCAACACUGUACCCGCGGAUCUUCAGCUUGGAAGAGGAUCGCUCUCUCAGUCUCUUCUGUGUACAGCUGGUCCCAUGCUCCAGAAAGAGUUAAAUGCCACCAGACAGGAAACAGAGGAGGAAGUGGGUAGCAUAUUCAUGACAAGUGGCUGCAAUCUGAACUGCAAAGCUGUGCUCCAUGUUGUGGCUCCAGACUGGGAUAAUGGAGCAGGGUCUUCUUGGCAGAUAAUGGCAAAUAUAAUCAAGAAAUGUUUGAUGACUGUAGAACAGCUAUCUUUCUCAUCAAUCACAUUUCCCAUGAUUGCAACAGGAAAUCUGGGGUUUCCCAAAGCUGUAUUUGCUGAACUAAUCCUGUCAGAAGUGUCCAAAUUUAGUAGCAGUGCGUGGCUGAAAACCUUACAAAAAGUUCACUUUCUGGUACAUCUCGAUGAUGAUGAAAGCCAUAAGGCAUUUUUAGAUAAAUUCAGUAGAUGGUCGAGUGGAAAUCCCAACAAGGAGAAGAUUCUCACGGUUGGAAAUAUCCAAGGUAUCUUUGGGACUGUCACUUGCUCUUGGCCCACAGUGUGUGAAAUGAAAAUUGGUGCGGUUACUUUCCAGGUUGCUAUUGGAGAUAUCGCAAAAGAAAGUGCAGAUGUUAUUGUAAACUCAACAACAAGGAUGUUUAACCUGAAAUCAGGGGUGUCAAAAGCAAUUUUAGAAGGUGCCGGACCAGCUGUGGAAGAUGAAUGUGCUGUACUAGCGACACAGCUUCACAGAGAUUUUAUAGUUACACAAGGUGGAUUCCUAUCGUGCAAUAUAAUAAUUCAUGUCCUUGGAGAAAAUGAUGUCAGGAAAUCAGUUUCCAGUGUUCUAGAAGAGUGUGAACAGUGGAAGUACACAUCUGUUGUCCUUCCUGCCAUUGGAACAGGAAAUGCUGGGAAAAACCCAAUCAGAGUUGCUGACGACAUAAUCAAUGCUAUUGUAGACUUCACACGGAAACAUUCUACUCCAUCAUUAAAAAAAGUUAAAGUUGUCAUCUUUGUAACUGAGUUGCUGAAUGUAUUCUAUGACAGCAUGAAGAAAAGAGAAAAAAUAGCCACAUCACCUACUUUCCAGUCCACAUUUUCCAAGGCUGCAUAUAAUAUUCCUGAAUACCGGUCUGACAUGAAUCAGCAGCUGUUUUGUAUGAUCCAGCUACAACCUGGACAGUCAGAAUAUGACACUGUGAAGAACAAAUUCUCUCAGACUUGUCUUUCCUACAGAAUAGAGAAGAUUGAGAAGAUACAGAAUGAAUUUCUCUGGCAGAGCUACCAGAUAAAGAAAAAGCACAUGGACAUCAAGAAUGGCCAUAUAGAUAAUGAGAAAAUCCUCUUCCAUGGGACAGAUGCACACUCUGUGCCACACGUCAAUCAGCAUGGCUUUAAUCGCAGUUAUGCUGGGAAGAAUGCUGUAGCCUAUGGAAAAGGAACUUAUUUUGCUGUUGAUGCCAGUUAUUCCGCUGAUGAUAAAUACUCCAGGCCAGACAGCAAUGGGAGGAAACAUAUUUAUGUUGUACGAGUACUUACAGGAGUCUACACACUUGGACGUGAAGGAAUAGUUACGCCUCCACCAAAGAACCCUUACAAUUCCAUAGAUCUGUUUGACUCUGUCACAGAUGAUAUACAACAUCCAAAGUUAUUUGUGGUAUUCUUUGAUAAUCAAGCUUACCCAGAAUAUCUUAUAACUUUCAGAUGUUAAAACAUGGGAUUAAAAAAAAACUUUAGAGGUGAUUUAGUCAUCUAUUUAUGAGAACAAUUCAUAGAAUUUUUGUCUUUGCCUUUGGUUUGUUUAACAGAUAAAACAAAUCUCCAUGCUAGGUAUUAUAAUGCUGAAAAAAAGCCUUUUAAAAUGCUUUCUUGCAAUUUCUAGCAAAUCUUUCUUCUGAGCAUAUUGAUGGGUGGAAGCUGAGAAAUAUAAAUGACACAAUUAUAGCUAUAACUACAGACACCAAAUCCAUAAGAAACAAAGAACACAUUUCUUUUUCUUCUAUUGGAAAAGAAAUAAGAUGAAUCAUUCUAAAGCCAAGUUGUCAUUGUUCUUAUUGGAAUGUGUUAAGAUCCCCAACUGUGUUGAGCUAAACCAUACUAUUAACUGAAUAGGCUGCUAUUGUGAAGCUCGGGAUUUUGCCUUCUUAAGAAACUCUUAUUAGCAAUAGAGUGACUGAAUCAAAGAAUAUUAUGUCAAAUUUGUUGUGAAACAAAUCAGGUAAAAAUGUGUUAUAUUGAUAUCUAAUGCUACACAACAAAUUACUGCCAAACUUAGUGUCCUUGUGGGUAAAGAAUUCAGGCAUGGCUUAACUGAGUUGUUCUGACUUAGGUUUGUCGUUAAGUUGCAGUGAAGUUGAAGGCCGGGGAUGCAGUCAUCUGAAGGCUUUGCUGGGACUGGACGAUCUGCUUCCAAGGGGAAUCACUCGAAUAGCUGGCAAGUUUUUGCUGGUUGUUGGCAGGAGUCCUCAUUUCCUCUCCACAUGGGCCUCUCUGCAGGUUGCUUUAGUGUCCUCAUGACGUGGCAGCUGACUUAUUCCACAGUGAGCAACUCAGGAAAGAGAAGGUGGAAGCCACCAUAUCUUUCAUGGCCUAGCCUCUGAAGUCAUACUCCCUCCUUUUUACAAUAUCCUAUUGGUUCCAUGAAUCAGCUCCUUCAAUGUGGAAGGUAUUAAAUAAGGCAUGGCCCUCAGUAGGCAAGGAUGAUUGGGGACCAUCUUGGAGGUCAUAUGAAUAAGUGAAUGAAUGACAAAUUGAUAAAAUGUUAGUAGUAAAAAGGGCACUAGAGAUUAUCUAGUCCUACUGUCUCCUCAUCUUUCUCCCUUCACCAUCUCCUAGGGCAAAAAGCCCUCUGGCUCUACUUGACCACUUCCAGUGCGCAGCAUCUUGAGAGAACCUAUUGUAUUCCAUUCCAGGACCUCUCUAAGUAUCAAAAAACUCUUGCUUAUACUGAGUUGAAAUCUAUUCUUCUGUGUCUAUUACCUGCUGAUCACUGUCCUACCUCCACUGACACAGAACAUAUCUCAUCUCUUUUAUAGAUGUUGGCCCUUCAGAUUCAUCCCUUAUAUUAGAAUGAGGUAAAUUCUUAAAAUAUUCAGCAGCAUAUUUAUCUUGGAACAUUACUUUUCAAGAGUUGCAGACAUUUAAGAAGUAUUUAUGUUAUCAUAAAUAAAGCACAUGCACAUUUAAAGAGUACAGAAAUGCAUUUAAAAAAUCUCCACCAAACUCCAUCACCCAUAAUUACAAUACUUUGAGGAAACCACUGCCAGUAUUCUUAUGUAUUCCCUUCUAGUUUCUUUAUCCACCUUCAAGAAAAUAAAAAUCGCACUUUAUUCAAUCAAAAUAACAUUUUAUUCAAUUACCAACUAUACAAUAUUGUAUCUACAUUUUUCAUUUAACAUUACAAGUAUUUUUCUCAUGUUAUUAAUUUUUCUGCAAACAAUCUUAUUGAGUUCUGUACUAUAUGUAUCAUUUUCCCCUUACGUGUCAUUAAAUACCUUAUAUGUCAUUUUAAUUGUAUUUUAAUGUUGUUUUUACAUAUAUGCCAUGUCAAAAUAGGGUGGUUACAUCUCUAGAUAAAUAUAUGAUUGGAAUAUGAGUUGCAAAGACCAUAAUCUACCUUCAUUAACAUUACUCCCUGGAUUUCUUGAAGGAAAUAUAGUCCUAGAGAACAAAACAAUGCUAAAUAAUGCUCAGAUAACUACCUGGGCCUUGGCUCC